UUGUCACCCCCUCAGGGAUGACAUCCGGGGCGGACUGAACCCACCCACCCCCCUGGCACCCACCUUCCUACACCUCUGGCUCCAACAAGUUCCGGCUGAAAAAAAGCCCUGAUAAUAACCCUGUUAUAUUCUGUUAUAUUCUGCGUGCCUGUAAAGGCGUCAAAUGCCACUCUGAGCAAAAGCCUCUGUGCUGAACUUUGCACAGUGGACUUGGGUCCACUCUUGGCACGCUUCCCUAGCAGUGCCUUUCUGCCGCAUGGCACUACUUUGCCCUGGCACAGAGCCCAGCAGCUGCGCUUUCAGUUCUGAAGGGAUUCCUCGAGCAAGGGAAACGAAACCUAAGCAACCUGCGCUUCUUGGAGGGGAGAGAUGGCUGACGCUCCUGCUUCGAAGCCGGCCUUCAAGCCCAAACCCCGGAGGCCUGUCUGUGCCCUAUGCCAGGGGCCCUACAAAACGGCCGUGGUCGUCGCAGGGCAGAAAUUAUGCCGUUUCUGUUUUUCUCGCAUGAAGAGGGAGGCCGCAGCCAGUGGGCCUUCCCCGAAGGAUGGGGAGGAGAAAGGAGGAGACGGGGAGGAGAAAGGAGAGCAGGAGAGAGGAACUGGAGAAGAAGAGGAAUGUCAGAGUCUAUGUGAGGAGCACCAAGAAGACCUGACAUGGUUCUGCACGAAGGACAAGGCUCUCCUAUGCGAGAGUUGCAAGGCCUCCGAAGUUCAUGUCUCUCACUCCAUGGUGCCUGUUGAAGAUGCUGCCCAGGAAUACCAGGGGAAGCUGCAGCACGCCGUAUCUUUGCUCACUCAACAACUGGAAGAGUCUUUGGAGCAGAAAUACAAGGAAGGGAAGAAAACAGCUGCGUGGAAGGACAAGGUGCACAGUCAGAAGGAGCGGGUGGAGAGCGAGUUUGCAAAGCUGUACAACUUCCUGGUUGAGGAAGAGGAGGAACUCUUGCAGAGGCUGAAGGCAGAGGAGAGGCAGACCCUGAAGAGGCUGGAUAGGAAUUUAACUCAACUCUCAAAGCAAAACUCCUCGCUGAUUAAGCUGGUUAAGGAGAUCAAGUCGAAGAGCCAGAAGGCGCCUGCUGAACUUUUGAAGGAUGUGGAGAAUGUGUUAGCAAGGGCGGAAAACGUGACCCUGUUCGAACCGCAAGUUGUUCCUACUGAACUGAAGAACGUUUACAACAUUCCUUGCCUUGACAUUAUUCAGAUCUUAACAAAAUUCAAAGUGGACGUGUCUCUGGAUCCAACCACAGCGCACCCAAGUCUUCUGCUCUCCACAGACAGGAAAAGUGUGGAAUACAGAGGAUCCCGGCAGCUGCAGCCUCAGGAUGACAACAACACAGAGAGAUUUGACACUUAUGUCCUUGUUCUGGGCUCUGAGUCGUUCAACUCCGGGAGGCACUAUUGGGAGGUGGAGGUGGGAGACAGCCCAGAAUGGGACCUGGGGGUUUGUAGGGAAUCGGUGAGCAGGAAGGGGCAGCGAAUCAUGUUCUCCCCCCUAAGUGGGUACUGGAGGCUGUGGCUUCGGAAGGCAGACCAGUACAAGGCCUUGAUUUCCUGCCCUAUGCUGCUUCCCGUGAACACAAGGCCAAAGCGGGUGGGAGUUUUCCUGGACUAUUCCGAAGGGGAGGUUUCCUUUUACAAUGUGACCGAGAGCACCCACAUCUACACGUACAUCGGGACCUUCUGUGGCCCCCUGCGGCCCUUCUUUAGCCCCAGCCGCCAACGGAAAGGGGCAAAGGGGGCCCACCCCUUGCUUAUCUGCCCAGGCCCAAAAGCAAGGAUGAGCAAAAAACCUCUGCACUAAACUAGACCCAUGUCAUUCAUGUUGAUUCAAACAGUAUAAGGCAGCCAUUGUCCUGUUUGCCAGCUGCCCCCAACAUCCCCUCCUGUCUUCACCUCUGUCCUGAUUGACAGGUAGGCUGCCCCACUGUUGCAGCCCCCCUAAUUAUCACCCCUCGCUUUUGACAGGAGAAACAGUCCCUCUAGACUCCGAACUCAGGGGCCGUGUUUUGAAAGCCGAAACAGCCCCCAUCCAUUUCUGCUUUCAAGUGGCAAGAUUUAAGAUAAGCUUUUUUGUCCCCUCUCCGCUCCAGACAACUUGCACGCUUAGGGGGGAAAUCUGUAGCAAAUUUGUCUUGAAAAUCCAUUUAUGAAGACCCAACUACUUCUAAGUAUAAUCAUCCCCCACUUUGAGGUUUCAGUGUGGUGAGAAUGAACAGCUUCCCUAUACAGUGGUACCUCAGGUUACAGACUCCGCUCACCCAGAAAUAGUACCUUGGGUUAAGAACUUUGCUUUAGGAUGA